AUGGACGCCCGCGCCGUGCACUCUUCAUCGCCCCAGCCAUCGCCGCACGGAGCUAUCGGCGAGUUCCCUGGCGGAGUCUCGUCUCCGCUCCCGUCAGCGGCGCACCAGCGGAGUGGGUCGUAUGCGCCCCGUCCGCGCACGCCGCUUGCCCCUCCCAGCUCCAGCGGCGACGAACUCGACCUCACAGCCCUAAUGGCCCACGGCCAGCGUCAGCUCGAGCUCGACCACCGUAGCCGCUUUGGACGUUUCGCUGCCGCUUCGGCACGUUCCGGAUCGCCGUCGCGGUGGGACGAGGAGUGGCGCGGAUCGAGCGCGCGGUCCCGCGAGAGCUCAAUGCGUCGUCAGCCCAGCGCUCAGUCGGCGACGGGCGGCAGUGUCACCCCCGUGGCACCUACCCCGAACCUCUCUUUCCUCGACACGAGCUUUCCCUCUCCUAUCGGUGCCGUUGGUGGCGCCGCUUCCAUCGGACGGCACCGGGGCAGCUUUGCUACGCCAGCCAACCCCGCCCCACCGGCUACCGACCCCGCCGCCACUGCCACUCACCACCUCAACGCACUUCAGUCGGUUCUCAACCCUCUUAUUGCGCAGAGCGAGGAGGUCAUUCGUCUCCGUGCAGAGGUUGAGCUGUGGCGCGGCGAGUGGCAGCGCUGCGACCGUGAGCGUCGCCGUCUCGACGGCAUUGUGGCCACCAAGAACAAUGAACCUGUGAAUGGCCAGGCAUUUUCCGUCGUACUCCUUGACGGUGAUGGAUUAAUCUUCCAGGACGAGUAUCUCCGCAAGGGCUUCGCCGGCGGUCAACAGGCCGCUCGUACCCUCGCGACCGCGCUCCCUGGUCUGGCAGACACAAUCUUCUCGCCUCAGACCAACGACGGAGGCAUCGAGGCCAACGGUGACGCACCCAAGCACGACCUUGGUAGCGUCAUUGUUCAGGUCUUUGUGAACAAGUCAGGUCUCGGCCAUGCGCUUCUCCGCGCCGGCUCCGUGCCCUCGUGGACCGUAUAUGACGGUUUCUGGCAGGGCUUCUCGUCGGCUCACGACCUCUUUAGCGUCAUCGACGCGGGCCACGGCAAGGAGGCUACGGAUGCCAAGAUCCGCGAGCACCUCCGCCUAUAUUCUAGCCACCGCCAGUGCUCAACCAUCUUCCUCGGCGCGACACAUGACAAUGGCUAUGCCAACGUUCUGUCGUCUCUGGAGACCACCUCGGGCCUGUCCAAACUCGUUCUGCUCAAGGGCUACUCCGAGCUCGCUGCUGGCCUGAAGCCGUAUGCUUCCCGUUGCGUGACUGUCAACGACCUUUUCCGCACGUCGCGCGUCCCCAACCCCAACAAUCUCUCGGCUGCUCUGGGCACCAACGGAAACGGCAAGGAUAACGGUAGCUCGGGUAACACCGCGAACGGCCCUGCCGUUUCCUCUCGUGCUCCUCCCUCCCCUCGCUCCCCUCGCGCGCGCCGUGGCUACCCAGCCCGCGCUCAGCCUAAAGACAAGGAGGAGGAAGAUGUGUCGAGCGUCGACGACCCCGACAGCAACUCUGAUUCCACUUCCGAGGAUGGUAACCCCGACGUUGAGAUCGAGGUUAUUGAGUGGGAGGGUCUCGUUGACUCUGCUCCUCACUCCGCUGGUAACCCUGGAGCUGGCGCUCCUCCCCGUCGCGGUGUCAACGCCUCGACCCGCCUCCGCGUUCCCCGUUCCUCGAUGCACGCCCAGCACUCGCAGCAGAGCGAGAACGAGGACGGCGACUGGGAAGACAACAAGAAGAAGGCUACCGCCGGCCCUGGAAAAAAGUACAAGCCGGCCGCUCGUUCUGCGAGCGUCCCGACUGUGCGCAACCUCAAGCCCCGCCCAUGCCACACGUUCUACCUCUCGCCCUGGGGCUGCAAGAACGGAGAUGGCUGCGAGUAUGCGCACCACUACAAGCUCAAUGAGGAGCAGACUGAGGAACUCGCGCGUCUCGCCAAGGAGAUCAUCUGCCCAUAUGUCCGCAGCAAGCGCUGCCACUUUAGCGAGGACGAGUGUGUCUAUGGCCACCGCUGUCCCCGUGGCGAGCGUUGCACGUUUGGCGACACGUGCCGGUUCAAGGACCUUCCCAACGGUCAUGGCGAGGACUCGCGUGCGGCGGCGGCGCAGUAA